UCCCUCAAACCUCAUAUAUAAAUACGCACCUUCAACUCCUUAUCUGAAAUUCAUAUUACUCAAAAAAUAAUAAAAAAAAAACGCUUACAAAAUAAUGGCCUCUCAGUCUUGCGCAGCCGCACUCUUAGGCGGUUUGGCCAACGUCAACACAACGGCCGCAAACUUCAUCUGCGGCCAGCUGGACGCUAUUAACCAGAAGCUCACCGACACCACCUACGCCGUCGACAACACCUACCUCCUCUUCUCUGCGUACCUAGUCUUCGCCAUGCAGCUCGGCUUCGCCAUGCUCUGCGCGGGCUCCGUCCGCGCCAAAAAUACCAUGAACAUCAUGCUUACCAAUGUUCUUGACGCAGCCGCCGGUGGCCUCUCCUACUACCUCUUCGGCUAUGCCUUUGCCUUUGGAGGCCCCUCCAACGGCUUCAUCGGUCGCCACUUCUUCGGUCUCAGUGACUUCCCCUCUCCCUCCGCCGACUACAGCUUCUUUCUCUACCAGUGGGCCUUCGCCAUCGCCGCAGCCGGCAUAACUAGCGGCUCCAUCGCCGAGAGAACGCAGUUCGUCGCUUAUCUUAUAUACUCCUCGUUCCUAACCGGCUUCGUCUACCCUAUCGUCUCUCAUUGGUUUUGGUCGUCUGAUGGGUGGGCCAGCCCCACCAGAACCAGUGGAAGCCUCCUCUUUGGAUCUGGCGUAAUUGAUUUUGCCGGAUCUGGAGUUGUCCACAUGGUCGGCGGAGUUGCCGGCCUAUGGGGAGCCUUGAUUGAAGGACCACGCAUAGGUCGCUUUGACAGAAGUGGCCGUUCGGUGGCCCUUCGAGGUCACAGCGCUUCCCUAGUUGUGCUAGGUUCGUUUAUGUUAUGGUUCGGUUGGUACGGUUUCAAUCCAGGCUCCUUUCUAACCAUUGCGAAAAGCUACGGUAAAAGUAGCGUGUAUUAUGGACAAUGGAGCGCGAUAGGGAGGACAGCUGUCACUACUACAUUGGCUGGUUGCACUGCAGCCCUAACUACUUUGUUCAGUAAACGGUUAUUGGUUGGACACUGGAACGUGAUCGAUGUGUGUAACGGUUUGCUUGCUGGUUUCGCUGCCAUAACGUCUGGGUGCUCUGUCGUUGAGCCAUGGGCGGCAAUUGUGUGCGGCUUUGUUGCGGCGUGGGUACUCAUUGGGCUCAACAUGUUGGCGGCAAAGGUGAAGUUUGAUGACCCAUUGGAGGCGACGCAGCUCCACGGAGGGUGUGGUGCAUGGGGAGUGCUAUUCACGGGGUUAUUUGCAACUAAGAAAUACGUGGCAGAGGUGUACGGAUCCGGGAGGCCUUACGGGCUGUUGAUGGGCGGCGGAGGGAAGCUGUUGGCUGCGCAGGUGAUCGAAAUUCUAGUAGUUAGCGGGUGGGUGACGGCAACGAUGCUGCCGCUGUUUUACGGACUUCAAAAGAUGAGUCUGUUGAGGAUAUCGAGGGAAGAUGAGACGGCGGGUAUGGAUUUGACGAGACACGGUGGGUUUGCUUAUGCGUAUCAUGAUGAAGAUGAUGGGUUUGCAAAGCCCGCCAUGUAUAUGAUGGGCAGGAUUGAGCCCUCUCCUCAAGCCAAUCCACUGUGAACCCCAAGAAAUUGGUUUUGCGGUUGUGACGUCACACCUGAAAUCGUAUUAUUAUUAUUAUUUGUAGGUAGGUCAAAGUCUGUUAGCUUAGAUACAGUAGCUUGUUUACCAAGACGACAUGCAGGUUCAGCUAAAAUAUUACUAGAUCACUGUUUUUUAUUUUUUUUUUUUUGGGUUUGGAUCACAACAAUACUGUUAUGCAUUUUAACGAAUAACUAGUGUAAAAAUUCGAACU